CUCAUCAUGUCAUUGCGUACAAGAGCAAGCCCGAGCUAUCAUCCUACAUCACGUUAUAACAAGCAAAGAUCGGUUUUCGUAAUCAGGUUAGAUCAACUACAAUAAUAAAACAGACGUAAUUUACAAUGUUUGUUAUUAAAUAUGAUAAAGUGUCAAUGAUUAAACUUGUUCAGAGUAUUGAAAAGCAUCCAGCCCUCUACAACACUAAGAAACAUUUUCCGAAGGAUGAAGUAGAUUCAGCUUGGGACAAAGUUGCUAUAGAAGUUGGCGAAAAAGACAGCUUAUGUCGGGAUCGAUGGCACAGUAUAAAAUCAUGUUACAUUCGUCAUCUCAAAUAUACUGCUCUCAACUCCAAGAGACGACCGUAUUAUUUAGCAGAACAUUUAGACUUCAUGGUACCAUUUGUCUCGGAUCGAGUAAAGAAAUUUCUGUCCUUAAAACAGAAUGAACUGGGGAAUUUACCUUCCUACUUGAAAGAUGCGUUACCACCAAUGCAUCCAAUGUCCUCUUUUCUCAAGCAGAACAUGAAGCAUGAAGAGCCAGAGAUCAAAACUGAAGUUGUGGAGAUUGAAGAAGUGGAGGAGGAAGAUGAGGAGGAUGAGGAAGAGCUAGAGGAGGAGGUCACUGAGCAGGACUGGAUGGGUGUAUGCUCGGAAAAUCAGCAACCCUCAUCCUCCAAGGUAUUGUCUAGAAAGUCUACUUCUAAUAAUACUAGCUCGAGUACACCAAAGAAAAUCAAGCUGAGUAAUGAAAGUAAUGAGGACAUCAACUUCUUCAAAAGUUUGUUGCCUGAUGUUGCGAGGAUGUCUAGUCAUCAAAAGCUCAAAUUCAAGCAAGAAGCUUUGAGCAUCAUAGAAGAUAUUCUGUAUGCAACUGAUGAAAUUAACAUCACAACAUAGCGUCAGCAUUGUUUUAUCUGAGUCAGAUUAAUAUAAGACUGUACCAAUUUUGUGAUAUCUAAAUAAAAUCCAUUGAAUUAGUUAUGUUACUGUAAACAUACAUUUCCAAUUAAAUUUAUGUAAAUAAAUGUUUCGUAUGGGUAUCCUCCAGGGGUAUUCAAUAUGAUAGGUAUUCAAAAGCUGAGUUCGAUUGUAUGUGAUUCUAAAUUAUUUAUUUUACAUUCUUAAGAUAAGUCAGUUAUGUAUAUAGGUAUUUUUUUGUAUUUGUAUGCACGUGUAUAACUUAUUUCUUAUCAUUUGAAUGUUACUUGUUUAGAAAGAAUGAGCUUAUAUUAAAAUGUUGCAAUUUAACUCCAUUGGACAAAAGUAAUUUAAUAAAAGUAUAAUUAUUGUUUCAAAUAUA